AUGCUUGGACGUGUUGAGUUUCUCCCCGUUGUCUGGCACACAGCACUCCACUCAGGCUCACCGGAUAACCUCGAUGCCCAAUUGGCUAGGGUUAGUCUACGUACAGUGCCUCGACUGCGCGACUGUCUUAACCACUGCCUCACCGAUGUCCUGUUCUACACUGGACUUCGCUACCGGCGAUUUGUUCUAAAGACGGUUGCUCAUAAAAUUACAGAGCUGCAGCGGCGGUUUCUGGCCAGAAAUCCAGAUUUUGUGGGCACAUUUUCGAUACUUGGCCAUAGCUUGGGUGCGGUGGUCGGCUUUGACUUGUUGGCCGCUCAGCACUGCGGCCUCGAUUCUAACUCUUUAAAACCCCAACCAUCUCAUUAUAAUGACAGCUCUGAGGUUGCAUGUGGUGAUGGUGAGUCUUGCAAGAAAAAAGACCUUAUGGUUUUCGAUCAUCCUAGCCCUGACAGAAGCCUCUCCAAGGGUGAAUCUAGCAGUCAUACCAUUCUCAACAAUGAAAAAAGUGGCAGUAAACCAGAGCAUUCGGCAGAAAGGAUGCCUUCUAUUAUUGGUCAGGACGAAGGUAGCAUGCCCAUCUCCAAUACCAUCCUUCCGUGGAAUUCCAACGAUGGCUAUUUAGGGCCUGUCAAUGCAACCAGCAGCAGAAGGCCUCUUACAACUGGACUUGACCCCACUGACUUCUGCCAACCACAAAAUGAACCACCGCCGUAUUCAGCAGCCUGGCAAACGGGCCCAGGCAUUCCAGAAUUCGGCAGAUCAGAUGGGGCACCUCUGCAGACCAUCUAUCCCCUCUCGAUGCCUUUCACUCUGGAAUUGGACUGCUCUACCACAACAAAUGCUGGCUGCGCUGAAGCUAAAGCUGAAAGAGGUGGGGUUGAAUCGCGCAUAGCCUGCUCUUAUCACCCAGGAAACCCGGAUUUUGCUGCUUUGCAGCCUUGUUCUUCGAGUUGCAUUACUCCGAGAAAAUGGUCCGCGUCUCAUGUCCAGGACAGGUAA